CUUUCGAAACUAAAUAAAAUAAAACACAGGUUUUAAGAACAUUUAUUAAUAUUGGCCUUAUAUCAAACAAAUAUUUUAUUAUUAUUUUUUGUGGGCAUGAGCAACUCUAUAUUAAUGCUCACAAAACGUAGAUAAAAUCUAAAUUAGUUGAAAGAAGUCCUCAUGGAGAAAUCAAGUUUUGCCAUUACUGUUCUCCUUAUAUUUUAUUGUAUAUUCAGUCUAGUUAUUCCAGCAAAAUGUUACCGUCACUAUCCCCACCCAUCAAAAUAUGAAACUCCCAACAGCUUGUUUAUCUUUGGAGAUUCAUUAUUUGAUGCUGGAAAUAAUAACUAUAUCAACACUUUAAGUCAGGCCAAUUACUAUCCAUACGGUGGAACCUUCUUUAAAUUCCCAUCUGGUAGAUUUUGUGAUGGCCGAACUAUCCCUGAUUUUAUUGCUGAGUAUGCUAAACUUCCACUGAUUCCCCCUUAUUUGUUCCCUGGAAAUCAUAACUUCAAAUAUGGAGUGAAUUUUGCAUCAUCAGGAUCUGGUGCUCUGAUUGAAACUAGAAAAGGAACUGUGAUUGAUCUCAAAACUCAACUUAGUUAUUUCAAGAACGUUAGUAUUCAACUGAAGCAGCAAAUGGGGUAUGCUGAUGCCAAGACUCUGCUUUCAAGAGCAGUUUUUCUCUUCAGUGUUGGGAGCAACGAUUACUCAUUCCCUUUUGAGACUAACUCCACAGUCCUUAUUUCCCACACUACCGAAGAGUUUGUAGGAAUGGUCAUAGGCAAUAUAACUGAAGUUAUUGAGGAAAUUUACAAAUUUGGAGGAAGGAAAUUUGGGUUUCUAAGCUUGGGACAAUUAGGGUGUUCACCAUCCGGUAGAGUACUUGAAAGGGGAAACAAUGGAGCCUGUUUUGAAGGAUUCACACCGUUUGUAAAAUCACACAACACUCAACUCUCCAUGCGACUAAAGAAGUUAGAGACAAAGCGCAAAGGAUUCAAGUACUCACUAGUUGACUUUUAUUCAUUAGCAGAAGAAAGGAUAAAUAACCCCUUAAAAUAUGGCUUUAAAGAAGCGAAGGUGGCAUGUUGUGGGAGUGGUCCGUACAGAGGACAUCCGAGCUGUGGAGGUAGGAGAGGAGAGAAAGAGUAUGAACUGUGUGAAAAUGUGACAGACUAUAUCUUCUUUGACUUUACUCAUCCCACAGAAAAGGUCAACCAGCAAUUUGCUAAAGAAGCAUGGAGUGGAAAGCCUGGUUUCUCAGGGACUUACAAUCUCAAAGCAUUAUUUGAAUCCAUGUAAAAUGCGUGUGUGGACUGGAGAUGAUCACCUUCAAUUACUUUUUCAAUGCUGCUCUAUUAAUCCUGUUAUUUACUGGUUUGUUAUAUUUUACGUGUUCGAGUGAAAGACCUUGAAAUAUUACUCUUUAAUCAUCUUAUUAUUUUUCGUUUUAA